AUGUCUUUCUUUGCUAGAUGGAUCAGGGCAAAGUCCAACCAGCGCUAUAAGCUUCUUACUCGUCUGACCGCCCCCAGCGGGUCUGUCCACGCACUCGCAAUUUCUAAUGACGGGCAAUUGCUCGCGUGCGGUGGUACUGAGGGUGUUAAACUUUGGGAUAUCAAUUCUCAGAAAGAACUCGCCUGUUCAUCUCAUCAUCACGAAUCACAAGGAACCGUAAGCUGUGCGGCCUGGACCUUGACUAGACCAACCGCCGCCGAGACUCUUUGUUACGGAGCUGGGCUGGGCUACGUGUCGAACCUUCCGUUGACAGCUGGACAGAAAAGAUUCCAGGAAAUUUGCACGAGGAGGCUCGGAUCAGGUUUCGAGAUCACAUGUUUAUCAUGGGAUUCGACUUCCUCCGAGGCCAAUACGCGGAUCACAGUCGGAACGAGAGACAAGAUAGUCCAAGUUCUCCUGCUCAACGCCAACUCGCAGCUCCAGUCUGUCUUUGCAGUACGACUUGACAAUACGGUACCGAAGUCCGUAGCGUUUGCAGAAAACCGCGACAUCUACGUUUUUGGCCUCUACGACGGAAAUUUUAUUACAUUGGAGGGCACAGAUGGUACUGUUGUGAGGGAGUUUAGCUGUCAGUCAGUCAUUGGGCACGCUGCAGUCAGCCUCAAGAGGGGCUUAUUCGUCGUAGAUAACGCGACGGACGGGUUUACAAUGUAUCAUCUUGAAAACGAGGGGGAGGAGCCCGUUCGAACAUUCACGACUGCUGUUCCGAGCAUGUCAGUCCCCAAGCAAGUGGCCUUCGGGGAAGAAGGAAAGGUGAUUGCGGGUGGAAGCGACAAUGGCCUGGUGUACAUAUUCGACAGGAAGGCAGGAGAGCUACUUGAGGCUCUCCAUCAUGCAGAUGGUGGCUUGGUACAGACAAUAGCAGUAAGUGGCAAUAGAUAA